CGCACUCGCAGCGUUUGAUUUGCGCCUCCCAGACUAGGCCCUGGCGAUAUGGGAACGCUGCUAGGCACUAAACGACGAUGAUCGGCAGACCCUUAGUGGCAUCAAGUUAUCCCAACUAAUGCAGCAGGUACAUGUCGCCUCACCCGCUCCGUCCUUUUCUUAGCAGCAUCCCAUUCCAGCCUUUUCUUCACUCCACACAGAUCUGUUUCUGUCUUUUGCAUCCCCCUGGUUUUCUUGGCAUCUCUUCCACUUCUCUCCCCCCCUCUCUUGCUAGCCUAGCUCCAGCCCGAGUGCAGCUUGACUCCAACUGUAUCUUGACCUCCCUGUGUUGCUUCCUCCCGAAGAUGCGCUCAGCUUGAAAACCGACGCGGCAUGUGCUUCCUGCAGCUUGACAUACUCAACGAAGCACAAUCUGUGCCUCAAACAACUCGAACUCUCAGAUAAUGGACUCGUCGCGGCAAGAUGAGUCGGAGGGAGCCUCAAACGAAUCCACCCCGGCUGACGGCCACUUGGAGACCGCGGCCAGCGCACACGACGAUCAGACGCCCACCUCAACUCAGAGCGCAAGAUGUGAUCAGCCACUGGGCCACCAGUCACCUACCUCAACCUCCGAUGACCUCGCGGGUGGUCGAGUAUUUCCAAUCCGCUCUGUAGUCCGCGUUGGCCCUGUUUCCGACGAAGACUUGUUCCCCCAUCUGACCGAGACUGACAACCAAGGCCCUGGCAUACCGGUACACCUUCUCAGCUCUGCCAAUCGCACAGAGUCCUGGAUCGACACCCGCAGACUAGACUUUGAGCCUAUGUCGCCAACAUCGCCGCCUCCUCCCAAUGACCGAGCUGCCCAAAUCCGCAAAAAAAGGGCCAUGAGUGGGCCUUACAGCAGCGUACAGGCGGAUGCCGUUCGUCACAGCUCAUCGACGCCUUUGAAUUUAAACCUAACCAUUUCAGAUAAAGAUGACGACGACGCAGUUGUGCCUGGCGACGAUGGCAAAAGCUCUGAAGGCGAUAAUUCACUAGUCCCGGCUGAGGCAUCUGUGACUUCCGACGACCAGCCAUCAGGCGAAUUCCUGCAUGUUGCAACCCGCUUUACGCACGUUACCACCGACGAAGGUCAUGCUGUUAUCACUGGUAGAGAUGGGGUUUUGCAAAGAUGCGAAGAAGAGCCCAUUCAUAUUCCAGGUGCUAUUCAAAGCUUCGGUGUCCUCUUAGCCAUGCGCGAGGAGGACGAAGGCCAGUUUGUUGUGCGAUAUGUCAGCGAGAACUGCCGGAAUCUCCUGGGUUAUACGCCUCAGCAGCUGUUUGGGCUCAAGAGCUUUCUGGAUAUCUUGACUGAAGAGCAACAAGACAACCUCUUGGAUCAUAUUGACUUCAUCCGAGAUGAAGACGCUAAUCCUGCUGCCAACGGACCGGAGGUCUUUGGUAUCUCGAUCAGAGGCCGGAAGGAAAAAAAGAGUACAAAACUAUGGUGUGCAUUGCACAUAAAUCCCGUUCACCCUGAUCUUAUCAUUUGCGAGUUUGAAAAAGACGACGAUCAAGAAUUUCCUCUCCAACCCCCAGAAGAAAAUAGCUCUGCUAUUCCUACGGAUACUCUUAACGGCAACCCUACUUUGGAGCAAAUUGAAGAAAGUACAGAGAUCUUAAGCAAGCCACUCAGGAUUUUACGGAGCGCCAGGAAGAAGCGAGGUGAUCAAGGGGCAAUGCAGGUGUUUGACAUCAUGUCCCAAGUUCAGGAGCAGCUUUCUUCAGCCCCUGAUCUUGAUAUAUUUCUAAAAGUCCUCAUCGGCAUAAUAAAAGAACUCACAGGGUUCCAUAGAGUCAUGAUAUAUCAAUUUGACUCUUCCUGGAAUGGAAAAGUUGUGGCCGAGUUGGUUGAUGCUUCAAAGACUUCUGACUUAUACAAAGGGCUACACUUCCCAGCAUCUGACAUUCCUGCCCAGGCACGCGAUUUAUACAAGCUGAAUAAGGUUCGCUUGCUCUACGACCGAGACUUGCAAUCUGCGAGGAUGGUGUGCCGGACUAAAGAAGAUCUUGAUGUACCCCUUGAUAUGAGCCAUGCAUAUCUCCGCGCCAUGUCUCCCAUUCAUUUGAAGUAUUUAGCUAAUAUGGCAGUGCGGUCAUCCAUGUCAAUCUCCCUCAAUGCCUUUAACGAACUUUGGGGGCUGGUGGCAUGUCACUCCUAUGGGAAUCAUGGCAUGCGUGUUUCUUUCCCGAUUCGAAAAAUGUGUCGCUUGGUGGGAGAUACAGCCUCGAGAAAUAUCGAAAGAUUAUCAUAUGCAUUGCGACUUCAGGCUCGCAAGUUGAUCAACACCGCUCCAACCGAUAAGAACCCAACCGGAUAUAUAAUUGCAUCUUCCGACGAUCUAUUACGGCUAUUUGAUGCGGAUUUUGGUCUGCUGUGCAUUAGAGGGGAAACCAAAAUCUUAGGGGUUAUUGAACAGAGCCAAGAAGCUUUGGCCAUGCUUGAAUAUCUUCGAAUGCGCAAAUUUACGUCGGUCGUUGCGUCUCAAGAUAUUAGAGAGGAUUUUACGGACUUGCAGUAUCCCCUUGGGUUCCAGGUCAUCUCGGGACUACUUUAUGUGCCCCUGAGUGCUGGGGGUCAGGAUUUCAUCGUUUUUUUCCGCAAAGGACAGGUUAAGGAAGUUCGAUGGGCCGGAAAUCCAUAUGAAAAAACCCUUCGAGAAGGUACUGUGGGCUAUCUGGAGCCCCGAGCCAGCUUCAAAACGUGGAGUGAGAUUGUCGUUGGUAAAUGUCGUGAAUGGGUUGAGGAGCAGAUUGAAACUGCAGCGGUGCUCUGCCUGGUCUACGGUAAAUUUAUCGAGGUUUGGCGAGAAAAGGAGGCCGCUCUACAAAACACUCGGCUAACAAGACUUCUACUGGCCAACUCGGCGCACGAGGUUCGCACACCGCUUAAUGCUAUCAUUAACUACCUUGAAAUCGCCCUUGAGGGGUCACUCGAUCAAGAAACAAGAGACAACCUUGCAAAGUCUCAUUCGGCAUCAAAGUCGUUGAUUUAUGUCAUCAAUGAUCUCUUAGACCUGACCAAGACAGAGGAAGGCCAGCAUCUAGCAGUGCAAGAAACUUUUGACCUCGCCACCUGCGUGGACGAAGCUGUAGACCCGUUCCGCACCGACGCGAAGAGGAAAAAUAUUGAAUAUCAGGUCACAAAACAUCCUGGAUUACCUCGAUUUGUACAGGGUGAUAGUCGGCGUGUUCGCCAGGUUAUUAAAAACGUUACUGCAAAUGCGAUUGCCCAUACAACUUCUGGAUUUGUUAACGUUGAUGUUCUCGUUGCCGAGGUUAGAGAGGAUCGGCAAGUGAUAAUACAAAUUGUGAUUGAGGAUUCUGGCUGCGGCAUGAACCCUUCACAAAUCGAAGCCCUGUUUCGAGACCUCGAGCAAGUCAGCACGGAAGGAUCGGCACUGCAGCCGGCAAAUGAUGGAAGAGACACAAAUCAAGAAUUAAAGACACUAGGCCUUGGUCUAGCUGUUGUGGCUCGGACAAUCAGAAAUGCGGGCGGCCAAAUGAGGCUAAAAUCGAAAGAAGGGGAGGGUUCUCAAUUUGUUAUCCGGUUGCCUUUCCAACUGCCCGAGGAAUCCUCAGAUGCAGAGGGCGCUGGCAAUAACCCUAUUUCUAGUACUUACGAUAUUUCGGCAACCAAGUCGCUCCCCCUAGCACAAGAGAACGAGAUUUUACUACUCGAUCACAGCAAAGGUUCUACGACAGAUUCGAUUUCCUUAGGGCGACGGAGCAUUGAUAGUCGUCGAAGCGGUGUUAGCCAGGAUGGAAGCCAGAAAAGUGAUGCGGAUCGCUUAAUUGAUGCUAUCAAGACUCCUCUUGCAUUGCAAGACAAAGAUACCGAAUAUUUCUCGUCCAAAGCUCAUCUGACAAGCGCCUCCAAUAAAAUCAGCAACACAAGCUUCACAAGCCUCUCUGCUCCUUCAAACGAGCCUCCCAGCCUUCCCGAUGAAGAUCUUGGCACUGCCAAAGUCCGUGACACGAAAGUGCCAGUUCGAGCAAUUAAGGUACCAGACGAGUACAUAGAUAUGCCUUCUUCUUUCAGACAGGAGAAGAAGACAGACAGCAUUUCUGAAGCCGACACCGAUGCAACCGAAUCGAAGCACCCGCCCAAUUUGAUCAGCAGCGCUGUGGCGGAUAAUAGCGCAUUGCAUGUGCUCAUUGCAGAGGAUGAUCCAAUCAACAUGAAAAUUUUGAAAAAGAGAUUGGAAAGAGCUGGUAAUAGCAUCCAUCAUUCAGUAAAUGGACAGGACUGCGCAUCAACUUAUAACGAUAACUCGUCCGCGUUUGAUGUUGUCCUUAUGGAUAUGCAGAUGCCUAUUGUAGACGGCCUUACCAGUACAAAGAUGAUAAGAGAAAUAGAAACAUCAUCUGAACACAAGGGUCAUUCGACUCUGGCUUCGAAAUGUGGCCGGAUUCCCAUAUUCGCCGUAUCAGCCUCUCUGGUGGAAGAAUUGAAACCUACUUAUGUCGACGCAGGAUUUGAUGGAUGGAUUUUGAAGCCAAUUGAUUUUAAGAGACUAUCAACGCUUCUAAGGGGCAUAUAUGAUGCCGAGACACGAAAGUCAUGCAUAUACGUUCCCGGGGAGUGGGAGAAAGGUGGCUGGUUCACAGAGUCCACAGAGGAGAUCAUUUUGAAUGAUGGAAAUGAUUGAAAGAGUAAUGAUAUUAACGAAGGCUUUCAGUGUAUAAGAGUAUUAUAGGGAAAUGUAUACGGAAAUAUUUGUGGCGUUGGGGUGUUGGGUGAGAAUUAUAUCUUGUUCACCC